AUGUUGAUCAACAACGUUGGUCUUCUAAUUUAUUUUGCUCUUGUUAGUGUACUUGGUACAAUUGGCAACGGCAUAAUUCUAUUUGCUUAUUUUAAUCGUUGUGGAUCAUCUACAUCAACAACAUUCAUUGUUAUUUUGGCUUGUGUUGAUUUAUGGACAUGUUCUGUGGUUAUACCAUGUAUUGGUUUUAUGGAAUAUAACGAAUUUGAUGUCAACACACCCUUAUGUCGUUUUUAUUCAUUUUCAAAAAUAAUUAUUAUUGUUUCAUCCUUCAUUAUGUCAGCCAUUGCAUUUGACCGAUUCUUUAGUAUUGCCUUACCUCACCUUCGAAUUAUGACACCACGUCUAGUCAAAAUAUUGUUGACGAUAUUAAUUUUAAUCGCCAUAUUUCUCGGUAUAUUAGCCGCACUCGCCUUUUCAUCUCAACCAUGGUUGUUAACAUACGCUACAAACUACACGAUCACACUCAGUAAUAAUCAUAUCGUUACACAAUCAACAAAUGUUGAUUCCAGUACACCUCUUCAUUCUGAGGAUAUUGCAACAUUACGUCUAUCACUUCUUCAAACUUACUUGUCCAACAGUAGUAUAAAACAUUUAAAUAUAACAAAUUUUUCAUUCGAACUUAUUAACACACGUGUACGAUGUUUUGCCGAUACCACAAUUAUUUCCGAUGGUUUUCGUCAAAUACUAAAACAUGUAUCAAAUAAAAUAUUUUAUCUUUGCAUUGUAAUUGUCACUGUAUUGUAUACAAUCACAUACAUUCUCGCACUGAGACGACAAGCACCACGUUUACGGGCAUUAAAAAAAAGUAUCAAUGUUUUAGAUCGUUAUGAUCGAUAUGACAGUGUAUCACAGAUGAAUAGUUUCACUGAUGCAGCAACAAUACAGACAGGCUCGACAUCGUGCUGUGCACAAUUAUUCUAUAGUCCUCAUCGUUUGACAAUACCGGCAGACAGUCUUAAAGCACAUAGGCACAGACCUGAGUUAUCGAGUUUCAAUGAAUAUGAAUUACAUUCAAAUGUUACUGAAGUGAAUAAUGCUGGAAAAAAAAUAGAAGAAAGUAUAUCCUCAUCUUCAGGAGAAGAAGUUACCGCAUCACAUCAACAACAAAAAACGGUCUCAUUCAAUAUUGAGAGGCAAAAUUUAUCCAAUAACGAAAAAUGUGUAUCGUUACCGUCUUUACAUCUUGACAAGAACAAUAAUCCGACUCAAUAUAAAUUCAAUUGUUUUGGUAAACACCGACAAAUUCUUGUCACUAUCCGUUUACAACGUCCUAAAUUUCCAUUUGCUUUUAUUCGGCGUGAACAACAGAUUCAGUCAGUUAUUCCCAGCUGUUCAGAUGAAAUGAAAGAAACAAAUAGUCAUGCAUCAUUGAAUAAUUCAAAUAGUGAUACUCUAAAGCGACAGUUGAAACAACAUCGAAUUAAACAAAUACGAAUGGCAUCAACAUUUUUAAUGAUCACCAUGUCAUUUAUCGCCUUUUAUUUACCAUCGAUAUUGAAUGCCGAAAGAAUUAUUAAGUCACCAUUGUGGAUCUAUUAUUUAUAUUUAUCCACACACGCUCUAAAUCCAAUUAUUUACUGUUUUAUGAACGGCAGUCUAAGAAUGUAUGUUUUAUCAAUGUUAAGAUGUGUAAAAUUAAGCGAAAUAUCGAGUUUUGAAAGAUCAGUUAAUACAAGAUAA